GCCAACUCUCCCUCGUGAUUCUUUUCAUCUCCAUACCUUAUUCUUUCUUUCUUUCUUUCGUUCCCAGCGUCACUCACUUACAGUUACAGUUCCUCAUUCCGUUUCUCUUUGAUCUUUGCAAACACACACACACACAAUGGUGAAGGAUAUGGAGUACUACAAUAUUCUCGGAGUCUCUUCUUCUGCCUCUGAAGACCAAAUUCGCAAGGCUUAUUACCUCAAGGCAAUGCAGGUUCAUCCCGAUAAAAACCCAAACGAUCCUCGUGCAGCUGAAAAAUUUCAGGUUUUGGGUGAAGCAUACCAGGUUUUGAGUGAUCCGGUACAGAGGAAUGCGUAUGAUCAGAAUGGGAAGCAUUCUGUGUCUAGAGAAACAAUGCUUGACCCCAUGGCUGUGUUUGCACUGCUCUUCGGAAGUGAAUUGUUCGAGGACUAUGUAGGGCAUCUAGCUGUGGCAACGAUGGCUUCUUCUGAACUAUCCGAAGAAAGCAAUGACCUUGAUAAAAUGAAUGAAAAGUUAAAGGCUGUCCAAAGAGAAAGGGAGGAAAAAUUGGCAAGGUUUUUGAAAGAUUUCCUUGGUCAAUAUGUUCAUGGUGACCAAAAGGGAUUCUUACAUCAAGCAGAAUCUGAAGCAAGACGGCUUUCUCGUGCAGCCUUUGGAGUUGAUAUGUUACACACCAUAGGGUAUAUAUACUCAAGACAGGCAGCACAAGAACUAGGGAAGAAAGCCAUUUAUCUUGGAGUGCCAUUUUUGGCUGAGUGGGCUCGCAACAAAGGACAUUUCUGGAAAUCACAGCUUACGGCUGCUAAAGGUGCUUAUCAGUUGCUACAGUUUCAAGAAGACAUCUACAAGCAACGUAAAACGGAUGGUAGUGGCCCAGAAAAUGAUAUUGACUCUCAUAUUAAUAAGGAUACAUGGAUGAAUUCUUUGUGGAAGUUAAAUGUGGUGGACAUAGAAGUAACUCUUGCACAUGUGUGCCAAAUGGUGCUGAGGGAACAAAAUGUUAAGAAAGAGGAACUUAAAGUUCGGGCAAAUGCUCUUAAAAUUCUUGGGAAGAUAUUUCAGGAAAAGAAUCCAAAAGUAGAAGAGACAUUGAAGAAGAAAAUCGCUAUAGAUUCUGACGACGAAGGAAGCAGUUCUGAUUCUUCAGAAGAUGAAUCACAUAGAGCUCUUUCCUAUCGAACUCCAUUUUUUACUCAGGCAUGUUCAAAACAAUUUAAAGCCAACUCAUGCCCAUGCAAACUACUGCAAGAUAUGUGCAUAUUAAUUCUCAUUUUGCUUCUGCAGGGUAUUGGCAGGCUAUUCAAAUGCCUUUGUAAUCCAGCAUUUGAUGUGGACGAUGAAGAGUAGUUUACAAAAGUAAAUGAUCUGCAAAAACGUAAGGAGUAUGAAACAAAGAUUCAUCCCUUCUCAACAUUCUAUUGGUGAGAGUGAGACGAUAUACUAAUAACAUGGCUUUGUAGUACGCUGGUAGUGCUGGAACAUAGUUUUGUGAAGAAAAUGGUGCAAACCAGGGAGAAUCAUGUUUGUUGCUGCUUGUAAUUACCACUGUUACCAUUUUACCAACUUACAUUUGGCAUGUCACUUUUAGGCUAUAUAUACUCGAUGUUGCCUGUUGUAAUUACCACCGGUAAUCUCACGAUUCAUAUUGUUCCUACUUACUUUUGUAUUCUGAGUGAAAAUCUAU